AUGGACUGGUCCCUCCUAAACUUCGCCCGCAGCGGCCUCGCAGUCCUCCUCUCCCUCCUCCUAAUAUUAUACUGGUACAUCCGCAUACCUAACGACAUGCCGCAAAACAUCCCAACAGUACCAAUCUACAUCUCAAUAAUGGGACUAUGGAGCGACAUGGGCCAAGACGACAUUUACGACAAAUGGCUGCGUCCCAAAUUAGAAAAAUACGGCGCGGUAAAGAUCUGGUUCGCUGGUCGGUGGAAUGUACUUGCUACCAGACCGCGGUUACUAGUCGACAUGUUCCGACACGAAGAUGUGUAUGCGAAAGCAGGGUCUCAGAAGAAGAUUCCCUGGAGCGUGAUUGCCUCGUUGGUUGGUGAUAAUAUUAUUAAUGCGCAUGGGGAGAAUUGGAAGUUAUAUACUUCGAUUAUGAAGCCGGGGUUGCAGAGGCGGAUUACGGAUUCGGGACCCUUGUUGUUGAAGUCGCGACGGUUUGUGGAUGUUCUUAUUGAAGAGCAGGGGGGUUUGGAUAGUGGGGGUGUCUUAGUGAAUCCGAUUAUUCAACGGUGGGCGUUGAGUUGUAUGGGGAUUAAUUUUAUGAAUGUUGAUUUGGAGUGCCUCGAAAAACCAGGCCAACGCCUCGAACAACUCCAAACAAUCAUCAAAAAAACCCUCUUCAAACCACUCUUCUUCAACUUCCCCGAUCUAGACCGCUACCCAACCCUCUUCCCCCAACGCGCAACCGCCUUCUCCAUAAUGCAAGAAUUCGGCGACCUCCUAGUUGAAACAGUCAAACAACGAAUCCAAACCACCGACGCCGACGGCGAACAAGUAGUCGACGGCCUCGACAAAGCCCUAGCAACCAACGAAAUAACAACGGAACAAUACCGCGCCAAUCUAAAAGUAACCUUCCUAACCGCGCAUGAAAACGCCCAACAACUCCUAAACAGCGCAAUCUGGGUCCUAGGCUCAAACACGACCAUCCAAGACAAACUUCGCGAAGAGGUCUUAUCCCUCUCCACUUCAAACCCAACAACAGACCAACUAAACAGUCUACCUUACCUAUACGCGGUAAUUCUCGAACUUCUCCGCCUCUACCCGCCCGUCUCACAACUCAUAAAUCGCGUAACGACAUCAUCAGCUGUAUUAGGCGGAGAAGUGCCCAUUCCGAAUCACACGUGGGUGGGGUGGAAUGCGUACGGGGUACACACAGACCCGAAUGUAUGGGGAAGUGAUGCGAGGACAUUCCGGCCUGAGAGGUGGGGUGGUGAUGUGAAGGGGAUUCAUGGGGCAGUGCGGAGUAAAACGGUUCAGUGUCAUUUUAUUGCGUUUAAUUCGCAUUCGAGGAAGUGUUUGGGACAGGGGUUUGCCGUGUUGCAGAUGAAGGUUUGUUUGUUUGAGAUGGCGAGGAGGCUGGUUUGGGUUGUUGAUCCGGAUUAUGAGUUGAAAUUGACUUCGGGCGGGAUUAUGGCUCCUUUGGGGUUGAGGGCUAUUAUGACGGAGAGGGUGGAGGUUAAGGAAGGAAACUGGCAGGGAGAGGAUAAAUGA